AAACUUUUUAUCACCACCUUUGUGGCUGUAGUGGCCAUAGCCGCAGCUGAUGUUAGUCAUUUGAAAAAUACAUAUUUGCCGCCGAGCAAAGGACAUACUCAUCAUAAUGCAGGAUCAUCGGGCAGUCAUUCCUCACCUGUAGCAUCAUAUAGCUCUAGCAGCUAUUCUGCUCCAGCCGCUUCGUUUAGCUUUUCGACCCCCGCUGCUGCUUCACCAUCCAGGCAAUAUUUGGCUCCAGCUGCUUCAAAGUCCUCAUUUACUUAUUCAGCACCAGCUGCAUCGUUUAGUUCCAGCAGUUAUUCUCCAUCUCCAUCCGUUUUAUUUAGUCAUUCUGCUCCAGCUGUUGCUGCUUCUGCUCCUUCUAAGCAAUAUUUGGCUCCAGCUGCAUCCACCUCUUCAUUUAAAUAUUCUGCUCCAGCUGCAUCGUUUAGUUCCCGUAGCUAUUCUUCUCCAGCUACCUCGUUUAGCUCCUUUGCAUCCGCUCCAGCUAAGAAAUAUUCUGCACCAUCUGCAUCGUUUAGUUCCAGCAGCUUUUCUUCGCCAGCCGUCUCGUUUAGUUCUGCUCCAGCCAAAAAAUACUCCUCCUCAGCUUUUAUCUCGUCUUCAGCCUCAAAGCCUUCGAAUCAAUAUUUGGCACCAGCCGCAUCAACCACAUUCUCUGCUAAAUCCGCUCCCUCUCAUAGCAGCUUUAGUUAUUCUGCUCCAUCGACAACUUAUAGCUCUCAGAACUCUGCUCCUGCUGUUGCCUCAGCACCAGCCUCCUUUUCAUAUAGUGAAAAAUCGAGUUUCUCAAGUCCAUCCGCUUCCAGCAAUUAUCCUGCUCCGACAAUAAUUUAUGCUGCACCAUCUUCGUCAACAUCGGGUAGCUAUACAGCUCCUUCCUCGUCUUUCUCUUCGUAUACUUCUGGUAGUUACUCUGCUCCUGCUUCUUCAAAUAAUUACUUCGCGACCGCCGCUGCUAGCCCAGCCAAAACGUAUGCCACCUACUCGUCACCAGCUUCCUCCAGCCAAGGUACCGGUACAGCUUAUGCGGCCGAUGGUGGUUAUAUUUACUAA